ACACAACGCGGAGACGGCCUGGCCUCACCUGACGGACCUUCAGCUCGCGGACCCGGACUUCGCAGUGCCGGCAGAGGUGGACGUCAUUCUGGGAGUCGACGUUUAUAGCCAGGUGGUCCGCGGAGAGAUUUGUCGCGGUGAACCCGGAGCACCCACGGCCCAACUCACGGCUUUUGGAUGGGUCUUAAUGGGGGCGCUGCCUUUCAGCGAGGCGCUGCCCUCGCCUGCCGGUUCGCUUAGGGUGUCCGUGAACGUCGCCCAACCGGCAGAGGAGCUGUCCACCAUCCUGCGUCGGUUCUGGGAAAUGGAGGAGUUUCCAGAGAAGCCGAUCCUGACCCCAGACGAGGAGUGGACUGAAAACCACUACAAGGAAACCCACUCCCGGGACGCGAACGGAAGAUAUGUCGUCCGCCUUCCACGGGUGCAAGGUCGUGUACCGCGACUUGCAGACUCGCGGGCGGCGGCGCUCUCUAUGCUGCUGAGCUCGGAGCGUCGUAUGACCAAGCAGUGCGAUCUGCGGAAGCGAUAUACGGCCUUCAUGGUGGAAUAUCUUGCCCUGGGCCAUAUGGAUCCGAUCCCGGUCGGAACCCCCAGUCCCGCUACUACUUACUAUCUGCCGAAUCACGCGGUGUUUAAGGCCGGAGACGUAGCCGGGAAAAUACGCGUGGUUUUUAACGCGUCCUGCCGUACGUCCUCCGGCCACUCGUUAAAUGACUGUUUGUUGCCAGGGCCUAGACUGCAGACCGACUUAUGGCUGGUCUUGUCCCGAUGGAGAUGGCUAAAGGUGGUCUUCAUCGCCGAUAUUGUUAAAAUGUUCAGGGAGAUCCUGGUUCACCCCGAGGAUUUGGACUUGCAGCGAGGAUUUGUACUCUGGCGUGCCGAUCCCGCUGAGGAG